CGGCAUCACCGCCGACGUAUAAAACCCUGUCUGUGCUUACAGGGGGGCGCAAAGCACAGCGAGCGAUUUCUUGCGGGUCCAUCGACAUAGACAUUAGCCAUUGCCAUUCAGUCGAAGCUCUAGAAUCGCAGUAGUUGAGUGCGCGUUCAAACCGGAAGCCGACCGACACAAAAUCGACAGAAUCGCUAUUGAACGAUCAGUCUUGUUUUCACAAAAGCCGGGUGUGCAAAAAGUGGCCGGUCCUUGCAAAUUUCAAAUCAAACGGAAUUUUCAGUGAAAGAAGUCGACGAUCUGUCCUUUUUGGUCUUCGUUUUUCUUAAAAGUUUUUAAAUCAUCCCUACAACAAUGAACGGAGUGGAUCAUCACACGAACGGCGGAAGCGAGUUCAACGGCUGCGGAGACAUUAUCACCCAGAAUCAACAGAAGGGUUGUUGGACCAUCGGCAUCAUCAAUUCCAAAUUCAGAUACUUAACGGCUGAAACGUUCGGUUUUAAAAUAAACGCCAAUGGCACGUCUCUCAAAAAGAAACAAAUAUGGACUUUGGAGCCAGAUAAUUCGGGAGCUGGGGAUAGUUUAAUCUACCUGAAAUCGCAUUUAGGUAAAUAUUUGGCUGUUGAUUCUUUUGGUAACGUAACGUGUGAAAGUGAAGAAAAGGAAGCCGGUUCCAAAUUCCAAAUUAGCGUGGCUGAAGAUGGUACUGGAAGAUGGGCACUUCGAAACGUCGUAAGAGGAUACUUCCUGGGAGCUUCCGCCGACAAACUAACUUGCACUGCGAAAGUUCCGAGCGACGCUGAAUUUUGGCACGUCCAUUUGGCCGCGAGGCCGCAGAUGAAUCUGAGAUCAGUCGGUAGGAAACGUUUCGCUCAUCUCUCAGAGAAUCUCGACGAGAUUUAUGUUGAUGCCAACGUUCCUUGGGGCGAAGAUACUCUCUUCACGCUCGAAUUCCGGUUAGACGAAUCCGGGAAGUAUGCCAUUCAUACCUGCAAUAAUAAGUACCUCUCAAUGAACGGAAAAUUAGUAGACUCCUGUAACAAAGAUUGCCUCUUUACCGCCGAAUACCACAGCGGACAACUAGCUCUCAGGGAUCGCAACGGACAGUACUUGAGCCCUAUAGGUUCUAAAGCAGUUCUCAAAACUCGGUCCAAUACAGUAACCAAAGAUGAGCUUUUCUCGUUGGAAGAUUCCCUCCCGCAGGCCAGCUUCGUCGCCGCUUUGAACACCAGAUUUGUAUCUGUCAAACAAGGUGUUGACGUCACAGCAAAUCAAGAAGAAAUUUCCGACCAUGAAACCUUCCAACUGGAAUUCGAUUGGAAUACUAAGAGAUGGUACAUCCGCACAAUGCAAGACAAAUACUGGACUCUUGAAACUGGAGGCGGAAUUCAAGCUUGUGGGGAUAAAAGGUCUUCAAAUGCAUUAUUCGAUCUUUCUUGGCAAACCGACGGUUCGGUUGCCUUCAGAGCCAACAACGGCAGAUACGUCAUCACGAAACGUUCGGGUCACCUAUACGCUACCUCAGACGCUAUCGAUGACACCUGCAAAUACUUCUUCUAUCUCGUCAACAGACCCAUUCUGGUACUUAAGUGCGAACAAGGUUUCGUCGGAUACAAAUCCACUUCGAAUCCAAAAUUGGAAUGCAAUAAAGCUACAUACGAGACUAUCCAAGUGGAAAGAGGAGAGAAGGGAAUCGUGUAUUUCAAAUCUCAAAGUGGUAAAUACUGGCACGCCGAUAGCGAAUCCGUUACUGCCGAUUCUGACGCCCCUGAGGGAUUCUACCUGGAAUUGAGAGAACCAACACGUCUCUGCAUCAAGACUUCUGCUGGAAAUUACCUAACAGCUAGCAAAAACGGCGUAUUCCGUAUAGGCGACACCAAUAUCGAAAGUGCCACCCAAUGGGAGUACUAAAUACGUACUGCUAAUACUCUAAGCGAGGCAAUAUUUAUAUUAUUUAUAGAAGUUACAUGUCGAAUGCAAUAGAAGGGAUGAUUUCUUGAUCAGAAGGAGAUUCGAUAUAACCUAACUUAACCUUAUUUUAUUUUAUAUGUAAGAUUAAAUUUAAACCUAUGUAGUUUUUUUAAAUGCGUUAUUAUAUGUUUUUAUCCAAAAAGAAGUACUAAGUUUAUCUAUUGGUAGAGAUAUAUUUUUAUGUCCACUAAUAAGUUUAAUCACAGACGUUUGCAAUAAGUGACAGAAUCAGUUUUAUGAUCCAUGACAGUAAU